AUGGUUGUUUCAAGAUUAGAGGCCAUUUCCCUGUCAUUGCCGAGCCUUUUUCUUCUUGCUUUUCAUCUCUCAGCAUCACAAAAUGUACCUGAAUACUCUGAAGCUGAAAAUCAGCAAUGUGUCAGGAAAGAACAUCCCACAAUUGCCUUUGAAGAUCUGAAGCCCUGGGUGUCGAAUUUCACCUAUCCAGGUGUGCGUGACUUUUCGCAGCUUGCACUGGAUGCCAACAGGAACCAGCUCAUUGUGGGAGCAAGGAACUACCUCUUCAGACUUAGUCUACACAACGUUUCUCUUAUUCAGGCAACAGCGUGGGGUUCAGAUGAAGACACCAGGAGGUCCUGUCAAAGUAAAGGGAAAACAGAGGAAGAGUGCCAGAACUAUGUCCGAGUGCUGAUUGUUUAUGGCAAGAAGGUUUUUACCUGUGGUACCAAUGCCUUUUCACCAGUGUGUUCCAGUCGACAGGUAGGAAAUCUUAGCAAAGUCAUUGACAGAAUUAAUGGAGUGGCUCGGUGCCCAUAUGACCCUCGGCAUAACUCAACAGCUGUGAUUACAUCACGAGGAGAACUCUAUGCUGCAACUGUAAUUGAUUUCUCUGGACGGGAUCCUGCUAUUUACCGCAGCCUUGGAAAUGUUCCCCCACUUAGGACAGCACAAUACAACUCCAAAUGGCUCAAUGAGCCUAACUUUAUUGCUGCCUAUGACAUUGGUUUGUUCACCUACUUCUUCUUCCGCGAGAAUGCGGUGGAACACGACUGUGGGAAAACCGUCUAUUCUCGUGUGGCAAGGGUGUGCAAAAAUGAUAUUGGAGGGAGAUUUUUACUGGAGGACACAUGGACAACUUUCAUGAAGGCCAGGCUGAACUGCUCCCGGGCUGGAGAAAUCCCUUUCUAUUAUAACGAACUGCAAAGCACCUUCUACCUUCCUGAGCAAGAUCUGAUCUAUGGUGUCUUCACUACUAAUGUAAACAGCAUAGCUGCCUCAGCAGUGUGUGCCUUCAAUCUGAGUGCCAUUACUCAGGCAUUUAAUGGCCCUUUCCGUUACCAAGAAAACCCAAGAUCAGCCUGGCUGCCAACGUUAAACCCCAUCCCUAAUUUCCAGUGUGGGACGCUGAAUGAUGACAGCCCUAACGAGAACCUGACGGAGAGAGUCCUGCAGGACGCGCAGCGCUUGUUCCUGAUGAACGAUGUCGUGCAGCCGGUGACUGUAGAUCCGUACGUCACCCAGGACAGCAUUCGCUUUUCCAAACUAGUGGUUGAUAUCGUUCAGGGGAAGGAUACUCUCUACCACGUGAUGUAUAUCGGAACAGAGUAUGGCACCAUCCUGAAGGCCCUUUCUACCACUAAUAGGAGCCUAAGAAGUUGUUAUUUAGAGGAAAUGCAGAUCCUCCCUGACGGACAACAGGAAGCAAUCAAGAGUCUCCAAAUCCUGCACAGUGACAGGUCGCUCUUUGUGGGCUUAAAUAAUGGAGUGCUAAAAAUUCCUCUGGAGAGAUGCUCCAUGUACAGAACAGAAGGGGAAUGCCUCGGAGCCAGAGACCCCUAUUGUGGCUGGGAUUACAAGCAGAAGCGAUGCACCACCAUUGAGGACAGCUCCAACAUGAGCCUAUGGACUCAAAACAUUACUGAGUGCCCAGUGAAAAACCUGACAACAAAUGGAAGAUUGGGACCUUGGUCCCCAUGGCAACUGUGUGAGCAUUCAGAUGGGGACAGCACAGGCUCCUGUAUGUGUAGGUCACGUUCAUGUGACAGCCCUCGUCCUCGCUGUGGAGGUCGUGGCUGUGAAGGAGCCAGGAUCGAGGUCGCAAAUUGCUCAAGAAAUGGCGCUUGGACACCCUGGUCUUCCUGGGCCCCAUGUAGCACCUCCUGUGGGAUAGGCUUUCAGGUCCGCCAGCGGUCGUGCAGCAACCCUGCUCCACGGUAUGGGGGCAGGGUCUGCGUUGGGCAAAGCAGGGAAGAAAGAUUUUGUAAUGAGAACAGUCCAUGUCCAUUACCGAUUUUUUGGUCUUCGUGGGGUCCUUGGAAUAAAUGUAGUGUGAACUGUGGUGGAGGGAUUCAUUCAAGGCAGAGAUCCUGUGAAAAUGGAAACACGUGUCCAGGCUGUGCUGUGGAAUAUAAAACCUGUAACCCAGAGAGCUGCCCAGAGGUGCGCAGGAAUACACCCUGGACCCCAUGGAUGCCUGUCAACAUCACCCAGAAUGGUGCCCGCCAGGAGCAGCGCUUCCGCUACACGUGUCGUGCCCAGCUGUCUGAUCCCCACGAGCUGCAGUUUGGGAGGAAGAAAACCGAGAGCCGAUUCUGCCCCAAUGAUGGCUCAGCAGUGUGUGAUACCGACUCUCUUGUUGAUGACCUCCUCAAGACUGGUAAGACCACUGCACGGAUUAUCAAUGGGGGCUGGUCCUUCUGGGGCGCCUGGUCUUCCUGUUCGCGGGACUGUGAGUUGGGCUUUAGGAUCAGGAAGAGAACAUGCACAAACCCUGAACCUAAAAAUGGUGGCUUGCCCUGUGUGGGGUCAGCGAUGGAGUACCAGGACUGCAAUCCACAUCCCUGCCCAGUGAAAGGCUCCUGGUCUUGUUGGACUCCAUGGUCUCACUGCUCAGCCACCUGUGGGGGAGGACACUACCAGCGCACACGGACUUGCACCAAUCCAGCUCCGUCUAGCGGAGAAGAUAUCUGCAUUGGUCUGCACACCGAGGAGGCCCUUUGCAACACACACCCAUGUGAAGGUGGCUGGUCAGAGUGGUCAGAGUGGAGCCUGUGUAAUGAAGAGGGCAUCCAAUACCGCAGCCGUUACUGUGAGGUGCACAACCCAGACUCUUCUCAGUGCGUCGGAAACAGCACACAGUACCAAGAUUGCCUGUAUAAUGAAAUUCCUGUGAUCCUGCCAGCCUCCAGCAUUGAUGAGAGCACGAACUGUGGAGGUUUUAGUCUCAUCCAUCUGAUUGCCACUGGGGUCUCCUGUUUCUUUGGCUCUAGCCUCUUAACGUUUGUGAUUUACGUGUACUGCCAGCGCUGUCAGAGGCAGUCCCAGGAGUCCACCGUUAUCCACCCGACCACUCCCAACCAUCUCCAUUACAAGGGCAACACAACCCCCAAGAACGAGAAGUACACUCCUAUGGAAUUCAAGACACUUAACAAGAAUAAUUUGAUACCAGACGACAGGACCAGCUUCUACCCGUUGCAGCAAACCAAUGUGUACACGACAACCUAUUAUCCCAGUACACUGAAUAAAUACGACUACAGGCCCGAGGCCUCCCCUGGAAGGACCUUUACCAACAGCUGA